GGCGGAGCCGGCGCCAGCGGCGGGGGCGCGGAAAUCGAGGCCGGGGCUCCGUCGCGGCCUGGCUGGUGCUGCGGGAGGAGGAGGAGGCGGAGGCCCCGCGCCGCCCCCGCCGCCGCCUUUGUCUGCGCGGGGCCGGGCGGACGCGGCGGGGCCGUGAGAAUGGAACUGACUGAAGGCCCUAUGAGAAAAAGGGAAAGCUAAGGAUGCUGGAGCAGAACAAUGGAUUUCUCUUUCUCUUUCAUGCAAGGGAUCAUGGGAAACACAAUUCAGCAACCACCUCAACUCAUUGACUCGGCCAACAUCCGCCAAGAGGAGGCCUUUGAUGGCAGCAGUGACAUUGCCGAGGAUGGGGGCCGGACGCCGUACGAGGCCGCGCUGCAGCAAGGCUUCCAGUACCCCACACCCUCCGAGGAGCUGCCCACCCUCACCAACGGCUACCCCCCGGCCAUCAGCAUGUAUGAACCCCAGGGCAAGUACCAGGGCUACCCUCAGUAUCCCAAUGGAUCUGCCAAUGGCUUUGGGACAGGCAGGAACUUCAGCCCCACGGAGUAUUACCAGCUGGAGAACUCCAAUGCCAGGCAGCACGAAGUGCUGGAGAAACCUUCCCCUCCUCCCCAACCGCCUCCACCACCACCACCUCCACAAGUGGGGAUUCCAAAGAAGACUGGCUCACCAGAGAUCAAACUGAAAAUAACCAAAACUAUCCAGAAUGGCAGGGAAUUGUUUGAGUCCUCCCUGUGUGGGGACCUGUUGAAUGAAGUCCAAGCGAGGGAGUACGCUAAGGCAAAACAUGAAGGGAGGAAAGAGAAAAGGAAAAAAAGUAGCAAGCAUGACUCUUCCCGAUCGGAAGAGCGCAAGUCACACAAAAUUCCAAAAUUAGAACCAGAGGAGCAAAAUAGACCAAAUGAGAGGCUUAGCACACUCUCUGAGAGACCAAGAGAAGACGCAGUGCUGGAGGAAGCCCCGGUCCAGCAGCUCGUGCCAUCCCUUCCAACGCAGGUCACCCACGACGUCAAGUUCCAGGUUGGGGAUCUGGUUUGGUCCAAGGUGGGGACGUACCCAUGGUGGCCUUGCAUGGUGUCCUGUGAUCCACAGCUUGAUGUGCAUACCAAAAUUAAUACAAGAGGUGCGCGGGAAUACCACGUUCAGUUCUUCAGCAACCAGCCAGAGCGGGCCUGGGUGCACGAGAAGCGUGUCCGGGAGUACCAAGGGCACAAACAGUACGAGCAGUUACUGGCUGAGGCAGCCAAGCAAGCCAGCAACCACUCUGAGAAACAGAAGAUUCGCAAGCCGCGGCCGCAGAGGGAGCGAGCGCAGUGGGACAUUGGCAUUGCCCAUGCUGAGAAGGCGCUGAAAAUGACCCGGGAAGAGAGGAUAGAACAGUACACCUUCAUUUACGUAGACCAAGAGCCAGAGGAAGCUUUGGCCAAAGCCAAAAAGACUGCUGCUUCCAAAGCAGAGGCCAAGAAGAACCGGCGGCCGAAGGCGGCGCCGAGCUCGCAGCCGGAGCACGGCAGCGCGGCCCCAGGCUCCUCACCCUGCCACGGCGAGCGCCGGCAGGGCCAGCGCAGGCACUCCAGCCCCGAGGAGGAGGAGGCUCCACCUGUGAAAAUUGCCUGGAAAACAGCUGCAGCUAGGAAAUCCCUGCCAGCUUCGAUCACCAUGCACAACCUGGAUUUGCAAAAGUGUAACAUGUCUCCAGUUGUUAAAAUUGAACAGGUUUUUGCCCUUCAGAAUGCUGCUGGGGAUGGAAAGCUCAUCGAUCAGUUUGUUUAUUCUACCAAGGGAGUUGGUAACAAAACAGAAAUAAGCAUCAAAGGACAAGAGAAACUGAAUUCUUCGUCAGCUCAGAGAAGUGAGAAAGCAGUGGUGCAAAACGCUUCCUCUCCUGAGACAACUUCUGGGGCAGCAGGUUCUGUAGAAAAGAAGCAACAGAGAAGAUCGAUUCGAACCCGCUCUGAGUCUGAGAAAUCCACUGAAGUUGUGCCAAAGAAGAAGAUCAAAAAGGAGCAGGUUGAAGCUGUCCCACUGGCAGCGGUGAAGACGGGGUUGCAGAAAGGUGCCAGUGAGAUUUCAGACUCCUGUAAACCCUUAAAGAAGAGAAGUCGUGCCUCCACAGACAUGGAACUGACCAGCUCAGCCUACAGGGACACGUCUGACUCUGACUCCAGAGGACUCAAUGAUUUGCAGGGCAGUUUUGGGAAGCGUUCAGACAGCCCCUCAGCCACUGCUGAUGCUGAUGCCUCAGAUGUGCAGUCCGUGGACUCCAGCUUAUCCAGGAGAGGAACUGGAACAAGUAAAAAAGACACUGUUUGUCAGAUCUGUGAGAGCUCUGGUGAGUCGCUGCUGGCCUGCGAGGGCGAGUGCUGCAGCAUGUUCCACCUGGAGUGUCUCGGCCUGAAGGCCAUGCCUGAGGAAAAGUUCAUCUGCACCGAGUGUAAGAAUGGAGAGCACACGUGCUUUUCCUGCAAGCAGCCUGGCAAGGACGUGAAGCGCUGCUCUGUCAGCACCUGUGGGAAGUUCUACCACGAGUCCUGCGUGCGCAAGUUCGCCACGGCCCUGUUCGAGUCGCGCGGCUUCCGCUGCCCGCAGCACUGCUGCACCGCCUGCUCCAUGGACAAGGACAUGCACAAAGCCAGCAAAGGUCGCAUGGCGAGGUGUCUGCGCUGCCCCGUGGCCUAUCACUCUGGAGACGGCUGCAUCGCUGCAGGAAGCUUGUUUGUGUCAUCCCACAUCCUCAUCUGUAGUAACCAUUCCAAAAGGACUCACUCCUCAUCAGCUGUAAAUGUAGGCUUUUGUUUCGUUUGUGCAAGAGGGCUGGUAGUGCAGGACCAUUCAGACCCCCUGUUCAGUUCCUAUGCCUAUAAGUCCCACUACCUACUGAAUGAGUCAAAUCGUGCUGAGUUGAUGAAAUUACCUAUGAUUCCUCCUCCUUCGUCAGCUUCCAAAAAGAAAUGUGAGAAAGGUGGCAAACUGUUGUGCUGUGAGUCGUGCCCAGCUUCCUUCCACCCCGAGUGUCUCAGCAUAGAAAUGCCUGAGGGAUGCUGGAAUUGCAAUGACUGUAAAGCUGGCAAGAAGCUGCGGUACAAGCAGAUCGUUUGGGUCAAGCUUGGGAAUUACAGGUGGUGGCCAGCAGAGAUCUGCAAUCCCAGGUCUGUGCCUCUCAACAUACAGGGCCUCAAACAUGAUAUCGGGGACUUCCCAGUAUUUUUCUUUGGUUCACAUGACUACUAUUGGGUACACCAGGGCAGAGUUUUCCCUUAUGUUGAAGGAGAUAAAAGCUUUGCUGAGGGGCAAACUAGUAUUAACAAGACCUUCAAGAAAGCACUUGAAGAAGCAGCAAAACGUUUCCAGGAACUGAAAGCACAAAGAGAAAGCAAAGAGGCAUUGGAAAUUGAAAGGAAUUCAAGGAAGCCUCCGCCCUAUAAACACAUUAAAUCCAACAAGGUGAUUGGGAAGGUGCAGAUCCAGGUUGCUGACCUGUCGGAGAUCCCUCGCUGUAACUGCAAGCCGUCGGAUGAGAACCCCUGUGGGCUGGAGUCAGAGUGCCUCAACAGGAUGCUGCAGUACGAGUGCCACCCUCAGGUGUGCCCAGCUGGGGAGCGCUGCCAGAACCAGUGCUUCACCAAGAGGCUCUACCCCGACGCAGAGAUCAUCAAAACCGAGCGCCGCGGUUGGGGCCUCCGCACCAAGAGGAGCAUCAAAAAGGGUGAAUUUGUGAAUGAAUAUGUUGGGGAGCUGAUUGAUGAAGAGGAGUGCCGGCUGCGGAUCAAACGUGCUCACGAGAACAGUGUCACCAAUUUUUAUAUGCUGACUGUAACCAAGGACCGAAUAAUAGAUGCUGGCCCAAAGGGGAACUACUCUCGUUUUAUGAACCAUAGUUGUAAUCCAAACUGUGAAACACAGAAGUGGACAGUGAAUGGUGACAUUAGAGUUGGACUGUUUGCUCUUUGUGACAUUCCUGCAGGAAUGGAAUUAACGUUCAAUUACAACCUGGAUUGCCUGGGCAAUGGCAGGACCGAGUGUCACUGCGGAGCAGAAAACUGCAGCGGCUUCCUGGGAGUGCGGCCCAAGACAGCAUUUGCAACGGCAAAUGAAGAGAAGGUGAAAAACGCAAAACUAAAGCAGAAGAAACGGAAAAUAAAAACAGAACAGAAGCAGAUGCAUGAAGAUAACUGUUUCCAGUGUGGAGAUGGGGGAGAGCUGGUCAUGUGUGAUAAGAAGGACUGUCCCAAAGCAUACCACCUCCUAUGCCUUAACCUGACUCAACCACCUUUUGGAAAGUGGGAAUGUCCAUGGCAUCAGUGUGACAUCUGUAGCAAUCCUGCCGUGUCCUUCUGUGAGUUUUGCCCCCACUCCUUCUGCAAGGAUCACGAGAAGGGAGCCCUGGUGCCGUCGGCGCUGGACGGCCGCCUCUGCUGCUCCGCACACGACCCCAAAUCUCCUGUGGCACCCGAGUACUGGAGCAAGAUCAAGUGCAAAUUGGAAGCACAGAAUGCUGUGGAAGAGGCAAAGGAGUGAAUUUGGUUAAAAACAAACACGGGAGGGGAGAAGAGGGGCAGCAGGCGAUGAACUCAGAGUUUGCAGCGCCACACUCGGCUUUGUCCUCGGAGCCGUCACGUGUGAGCUGGAAUGGGACCAUUGAGCUGAGCGAGAAGGACCAGGCAGUGGUGUUUGCUUUUUAUUGUUUGGUCUUUCUUUUACCCUUGAAUGUGCUACAGCAGCUCUUACUGUUGGAAACCAGGAGCGUCUUGGCCUUUUGAAGAAAACCGUAAACCUUUUGACAGUGAAAAGAAUAUUCUGUUUAAAAUAAUGUUCUUUGAGUGUAGAAAGCAAAGCAUAGCCACAUAUUUAUUUAUUUAAUUUUGAAAGGGUGUUGAAGAUCUGGCUUUGAUCAGUCAUCAUGUCUUUAGAAACAAAACAGCGAAGCCAACAUAACUUUUGUGUCUAGUUUAUGGAGAGAGCAAAGCCUGUGCCCUCUGUAACACUGAGAUGCCAAACAGACAGGUGUGGGUGUCAGACCAGGUGGCUCUGCAAUGCCUCUGUUCCAGUACUUAUUGUUAAAGGCAUUGGAGAAGGUAGGUUGUCUCUCAUGUUUACUUCUGAACAUUAUUGUGAAGCUUUUCCUGUGAGAAAUCAGGUGUGUGACUUCUGGGAAGUGCUCGUAACACAAGGUCUGGCAGUGAGGAAGAAAUGGUGGUGCCUUGCUCCAGAGCUGUCUUGGGUGUUUGCAGACAUGCAAAAAUUCAGAGUUUAAUUGCACAGUGGUCAUUUCUGUACCCCACCUAUAUUUUGGAAACCCCUCCCAGGCAGGAGAGGCUCCCAGCCUCAGUCAGAGCUGAAGGCAGUCCUGCCAGUGGCUUCCUCACCUGCUUUGGUGGCAGUUACUGAGUGAUUCUUCAGUCCUGCCUUCUCAGGCUCCCCUUAGCUUCAGGGAGACUUGGGCACGUGAGGGACCUGACCCAUGUGCAUGUUGGUUUCGAUGGAGUGUUAAUAUUUUUUUUUGUUGAGAGAGAUCUUCUAACUUUAAUCUUCAUUGUUAAUGGAGCUGAGGAACAUCUCAGCACUUCCUCAAUGAACAGGGUAUUUUGUGUCUGGGUAAGGGGCCAUAUCCCAGCAGCCAGCUGAUGCCUCAGGAGAUGCUUCUGUCUUGGAUUUCCUCUGUUAAUCAGAGAGACAGACUCCUUCAGUGAGGCUUUCAAGGUGGCUUAUGUUGGCUCUUGCUCCAGAAUUUUUUUUAGAAAACCUCUAUUCCUCCAUUUUUUUUUUGUGCAAGGAGCCACAGGGCACUGGUGUCCCCAGGCUGGAGCUAGUUUUGGUGACUCUUCCCCCCCAGCCCACAAUCUCACCAAGCACUGUCCCCUCCCCUGCCCUGGUACAGUGAGUACUUCUGACUUGUGUGCUGAUAACAGCUACUCCCUGCCAGCCUCUGCUCAUGGGUACUGAAAAUAAUCAAAUGUUGCUGGCAUCUGGCUGAACUGAGCCUUGGAAUUAAGAACCUUGUCUCUGGAAAGCUGCUUACGCAAACCUGUGGGAACACGGAGACUUCUCAGAUCAAGAAAAAGUCUGUGUGGAAUUUAGACCGUGUCUUGCCUCUGCCUGGUGUCCUUCUCAUCCUCAAACUGGUGUACAGGGGGAGUUUUUUGUGUGUGCAAUCAGUGAUGGAUACACUACAGUCCCUGAGCAGCUGCCCACACCUCCCUUGGGGUGCCAGACCCCACAGGUGCUGGGGCACUCCUGGGCCAGCAGCUUUGGGAUCCCUAAAGCACUUCCUGCUGUGGGCCAUGCUCCAGUCAGGGUCCAACACUAACCCUGCUGGAAAGCAGUGCUGGAUUUUGGUAUUUUUAAAGAAAAAAAAAAUAAGGUACAAAAAGGAUUUUAUUUUUCUUAACGUUUUGUGUGGGAAAUGUCUCUUUUUAUGCUCUUAUUGAGGAUGUUUAACCUUCUCAGAAAUUCCAAACACAGCUCUUGCUACCGUGUCUGUAAGGCCUGAGGUGUUCACUUUAUAUUCUUUAUUAGGCUUGAUAAUGUUCAGUGAUUUUCUCUGAAGUCAGAGCAUUCUGAUAUUGCAGCUAUCAGCUGAUAUAUUUUAUAUAUAUAUAUGUAUAAAAUAUGUGUGUGUAUAUAUAUAUAUAUAUAUAUAUAUCAGAUAUGUUGCUGAUACUGUUCUGCUGUGUGAGUGCCCCAACCUGCUCCAUGAAUUCCCUGUCCAUGGUGACCUGCUGAGCAGAGGGACGUGCUGUGGCAGCACCAGGACACCUUGGGAGCAUUGGACAGGAGCACAAACUGUCAGUGCCCCCCGUGGCAGUGCCACAGUGCUGUGCCAGGGCACAGAAGGCUUUAAACUUCUCAAAUGCUGUGAUGGAGGCUGCUGUGCCACUCCAUGUCUUGGUUCACUUUGUGUUCAGACUUCUUAGAGAUGCUUCUUUUUUCCACCAAAAAGUGAUUCAUAGCAGCUGGGCUUGGACUCAGGAAGGAAAACAGGAGAGGUUGUUUAGUUUGUGAACAAAACUCUGAACUGGAGAGAAGGUGAGUCUUUCAAAAAGCUUUAACAUUGUUAGAUGAGAACAGACUGGUUCAGAGGAUCUUGGUGGCUGCUCAGGGGCUGUUCUGAGUGCCAGGCUCAGAUGCUAAAAUGUACAUUUUAACCACAUCUUUGUAAGCUGAGUAACCAGAAUGUAGUUUCUUAGUGCAGCUCCUUUGUAAGGAAAAGAUUGCACAGCUGUUCUGAUGGAUUGGCUUCAGCAGAGUGGGAGGCAGCUGCUGAAUUAAUUUAUGUGGGCUCCAAAACAAGGAAUCUUGGAUAGUUGGGUCAUUUCAUGCUGAGACCUAGGGGAAAUCCACAGAACUGGUAAUUUUGGUGGAGAAUUGCAGUGUGCUGUCCCAGCACAUUGUUUUUCCUUCAUGGGAACACAGUGACACGUUUUUCACCUAUUUUCUUGUUACAUUUUUGGGGUGGCCCCACACUUCUGGUGACCUCCUGCCUCCAGCUCUGGCACCUGGGCACAUCCUGCAGCCUGUGGCCAGAUGAAUCUAGAAGCAGGAAUUCCAUGAUUUUGUGAUUCCAGUGGUGCAGAGGCUGGUUCCACCAUUCCUGAACACAUUGUGCAAGCAUUAACUGUUGUAGCUGUCAGAUUAUUGUAUAGACUUGUCCUGUCCAUAGGCUGUUGAAGGUGUUUGCAGCUCAGGAAGGAAAUUUCAUGGGCAAAUCACCUUCUCUGGUCUUCACAUGGUCUUGGAGAAUCAGUUCAAAUGGAGUUAAUACGGCUGGAAUGUGGAUUUUUGGCCUUCUUAAAAAAACCCUUCUUUUCUAUCUUAAUUUCAGGCUAGAAUGGGAAAGACACAAUUACUAGACAUAAUUAUCAAUGAGCAUAAAAUCUGUAUAUAUUGAAACUUU